AUGACCAUGGGCUGCCCGCGCAGUACAACACUGGUCGCGGCGCUCCUCUACCUCGCCUACUACCUGCGCUGCUGCGUGAAGGACCUGGCGGUCCGCUCGCCCGCCGUCGGGGCCCUGGCGGCGAACCGCAUGCCGGCCUACCUCUACAGGAGCAACAACGACACGAAGCUGCUGGCGCACCUCGCGCGCGCGGCGACGGCGGGCGCCGACGAGCCCGCGUUCCUGGCGCCCGCGUGCGCCGCGGGGCCGCCGUCGUUUAAUGAGCUGGUCAAGGCGCGCAUGGCCCGCGACCGGCGGCCCGUCCUCGCGGCGCUCACGGACAAACAACUGGUCAAGCGCUGGGCGGAGCUGCGCGGCGUCCGGACGCCCGAAGUCCUGUUCGCCUCGAAGACGUGCGCCGUGCCGGAGAUCGGCGCGGACGCCUACGCCUUCAAGGCGACCCACACGACGGGCUGCCUCGUCCUCGUCGAGGGCGGCCGCGUCGUCGGCCACAAGCCCUGCGGCGAGCGGCGGCUCGCGCCGGGGUCGCGCGUCACGCCCGAGCUCCUCGCGACGCUGUGCGCGCGCUGGACGCGGACCAUGUACGACGUGACGCAGUGGGCAUACUCCAAGCUGACGCCCGGCGUCGUCGCGGAGCGGCUGGUCUAUCGGACGGACGGCGCGACGCCGGCGGACGACGUCAAGUGCUUCGCCUUCCGCGGCCGCACGGCGCUCGUCCAGCACGUGACGCACCGCUUCGACGCGGCGAGCGGCCGGCCGCGGGGGGCGCGGAAGCGGGACACGUUCCACGACCCGCGCUCGGGGCGCCGCCUCCCCGUGGCCGUGGACCGCCAGCCCGCGGGCGCCGGCCUCGCGCCGGCGCGCGUCCGUCAGGCCAGGGAUGUGUGCGACGGCCUCGCGCGGGGGCUCGACUUCGCGCGAAUCGACCUCUUCGACGCGGGCGCAUCAUUCUUCCUCGGCGAGGUGACGGUCUACCCGAAGCGCGGCGAGCACGCCUUCGAGCCGAGCGCCGUCGACGGAGAGCUCGGGAGGGCGUGGUGCCGCCAGGGGAAUGCCACGCGCUAG